GUUGAGGACACUGUCGAGAUGCUGCCCAAGUCGCGGCGCGCGCUGACCAUCCAGGAGAUUGCCGCCCUGGCCCGCUCCUCGCUGCACGGCAUCUCGCAGGUGGUGAAGGAGCACGUGACGAAGCCAACGGCUAUGGCGCAGGGCCGCGUCGCCCACCUCAUCGAGUGGAAGGGCUGGUGCAAGCCGGUGGAGCCGCCCGCCGCCCUGGAGAGCGCCUUCAGCUCCUACUGCCACCUGAGUGAGGGCGAGCAGGAGGCACGCUUCGCUGCCGGAGUGGCGGAGCAGUUUGCCAUCGCUGAGGCCAAGCUGCGAGCUUGGUCCUCGGUGGACGGGGACGACUCCAACGACGAGUCCUACGACGAGGACUUCAUGCCCUCCACGGAGAGCUCCCAGCCCACCGAGCUGCCCAGCACGGUGCCCGCCAGCGCGCUGCUGCGAGACCUGCUGCAGGGCCACCUGUGCCAGCUGGGUGUGCAGCACGGUUCCUGCGAGCCGGAGAGCGACUCCUCGCACACCCUCUCCCCCGAGACCCUCUGCUCCAGCCUCUGCAGCCUGGAGAUGGUGUCCCCCUCUGAACUCACUGCCAAACUGCUGGGCUCCCUGGGGAGCGAGGACCUGCUGCUGCCCAAGCUGCCCCCCCCGGCCAGCCAAAGUGCCUUGCGGGGCCUGGCACGGCUCCGGUGCCAGGACUCCCUCUACUCCGUGUCCUACGCCGAAGCCUGCCUCUCGCCCGCUGAGGAUGAGGUGGUGCUGAGCAAGGACUUCCCACUCCGCCGGAAAGUCUCCGACGUCGCCUCCUCCGGGGUGGCAUCGCUGGAGGAGGAGGAGGAGGCCGAAGAGCCCUGA